GACCCCAUGAAGCCACGCCGCGCGCUCUCGCGUACCGGAGAACUUGUGUGCUUCCCCCAUGUAGCGGGCCUUCUUUGUCGCAAUGAUGAUCGCCGACGAUGGAACGACGGUCCGCUCGAGAAGCUACCUCUGGAACGUCGGGUUAGAGGAACACGAUUACGAUUCCUCCCAUCCAAUAGUUAGAAAAUAGGACAGAAUGACAAUCCAGUCGCUUACAAACGAUGAUAUUGGCAUCUGGGCGGUGACAUCACUGAUGCCGCGAUCCCGGGACACCGGUAUUUGAUAAUCUAUAUAAAGUGCCUCCUUUGCCGUCUGGGAAAUGUUGUGAAACAGCUGAGCACUGCGCCAUCAUUGUCACGGUCAGUCAAACUUAGACUUCAUAGCUACCUACCUACCUCCCCUUGACCACCAUGAAGAACUUCGCCAACAUUGCCGCCGUAGCUGCGCUCGCAGCCAGCAGCGCCUCCGCCCAUUACAUCUUCCAGCAGCUCUCGCUCGAUGCCACUCAAUACGCCCCCUUCGAGUACAUCCGACAAAACAGCAACUACAACUCCCCCGUUACAGAUUUGGCUUCGAACGACCUGAGGUGCAAUGUCGGUGCUCAGGGUGCCGAUACUAAGACGGUAGACGUGAAGGCCGGUGAAGCAUUCACCUUCACACUUGAUACCCCCGUGUACCACCAAGGGCCGAUCUCCAUCUACAUGUCGAAGGCCCCAGGAGCUGCCUCGGAAUACGACGGCAGUGGCGAAUGGUUCAAGAUCAAGGACUUCGCUCCCGACUUCUCGAGUGGCGAAGCUAAGUGGGAUAUGUCCGGCUCAUACUCGUACACUAUCCCAUCGUGUAUCGAGGACGGCGAGUAUCUCUUGCGAAUCCAGAGCCUCGCGAUCCACAACCCGUACCCGUCUGGUAUUCCUCAGUUCUACAUCUCCUGCGCCCAGGUCAAGGUGUCCGGCGGCAGUGGCAGCUACAACCCCACGACCGUACAGAUCCCCGGCGCAUUCAAGGAGACCGACCCUGGUUACACCGCCAACAUCUACUCCAACUUCCACGAGUACACCGUCCCCGGCCCCGAGCCUUUGACUUGCUAGAUUCUUUUAGGAUUCGCCCGUGGUAAAGGAUAGAGUACGGGCUAGGCUUGGUGUUUGAAAUCGUGGCACUUUUACCAUUCUAUCUUGCUUGACAAGCCCCGAUACAAGGCUUCCUUACAUAACAGCAUACCUACUUCGAUCUAGUAUCAGAUAGAUGCCAUAUUAGUUAUUAAAUACCUCGUCAAAUGGUGGCACCGUA